GCACGCACGCGCUUAGCUGACGAGAAAACGGCGUCUCUAGAGAACUUGUCCAAAGGGACUCGCCUUAUCCCUCCCACUCCCACUUAACAGACAUGCUCCUCCUAGUCCAACCCCUGACCCUGAUCUAGUGUACGUCAUAGUUCCUCUCGCCUCCUGCAAGCCGCUUUCCUAUGGGCCUGGUAACUUCGCAACAGGCCUGUGAUUGGUCAAUUGUGAGGAGCCGGGAGAGCGGAUGAGGAAUGAACGUCCGGGGUUGGGCAAAGCUUGAAGCCCUCCAGUGGGUUCCACCCCUUCCGGAGAGAGCGCGUGAUGAGUGGUUGUUGCUCCUGUCCAAUCAACGCCGGGUUAUUGGAUUCAAAUCAAGACCCCUGGGGGAAGGGAGCUCCUAGCAGUUACUUGUGGUUUGCUUCUGUGCUCAGGCUUCCCCGGCGUCUUCCUCGGUGCUGCCGCUUGUUGCCGGCGUAGCUCUUUCGGGACUCCGCGCUGCCGUCAGCAUGGCCCACAAGCAGAUCUACUACUCGGACAAGUAUUUCGAUGAGCACUACGAGUACCGGCAUGUUAUGUUACCUAGAGAACUUUCCAAACAAGUACCAAAAACCCAUCUGAUGUCUGAAGAGGAGUGGAGGAGACUGGGUGUUCAGCAGAGUCUUGGAUGGGUUCAUUAUAUGAUUCACGAGCCAGAACCACACAUUCUGCUCUUUAGAAGACCUCUUCCAAAAGAACAGCAAAAAUGAAGUUUAUUUGGGUUCUUCGCUUAAUUUUUUUUUCAAACUAUGUAUAUGUGUAUAUAUGGUAGUAUUCAGUGAAUACUUGAAAAAAUGUACAAAUCAUUCAUCCAUACCUGUGCAUGAGCUGUAUUCUUCACAGCAACAGAGCUCAGUUAAAUGCCACUGCAAGUAGGCUGCUUUACGAUGUUUAAGAUACAAUUUUUCUCUAGUCAAUUUUCUCUUUAAUAUAAGUGCCUAUUUGACUUCUCCUUGAAUUACAUUUGUUUAAUAAAGUUCAUAUGUUACAUGUAUGUCUGAGUACUUGCUAAUUGGGGUAGGUGUUGAUGUUCAAAUUUCCAUUGUUAAUUUAUGAAUAUGAUGUACAGUUCUUUCAGUUGUUUUAGAAAUUUAUAAUUCAAGGAAGUAAACUCUUUAAAAACAAUGUAGAAAAAGUUAAAUGAAUGUUAAACUGCAUGAUACAGUAGAACUAGCAUUAAUUUGAACAAUUAGUAACAACAUCUGCUAAAACUGGAAGGCCCCUGCCACAUAGCCUAGCUUUUUCCUUGAAAGGCAGUGAAACAGUCCUCAAGACAGAAUUGGCCUUGGCAGGGAGUAAGGAUCAAAUGACACAACUUCCCAGUUGCCUAAACAUAAAACCCUAGCACAGGAGUAAAGGCUUCUUGGGCUUGUUGAACUUUUGUGACUGAGCGUGCUGCAGUAAUACGUAAAUGUGGUGGAUUGGGCAGGGAUGUUUAGGGGAAGCUGCCCCCAAUUGAAUCCACAUCUUUAAUCUUUCCAUGCUAUUGUUAAAGUAAACUUUUGUCAAAUAUCA